AUGACCCUGGGGAAGCAGGGCAGCUCCUCGGGAAAAGGCACAGCUCUCAAGGGCAGGUCAGAUGCCGACCUGGUGGUGUUCCUUAACAAUUUUUCCAGCUUCGAGGACCAGUUAAACUGACACGGAGAGUUCAUCCUGGAAAUUCGGGAACAGCUGUACGCAUUAGAGUUGAAGUUUGAGGUUCAGAGUUCAUGGUGGUUCAACCCCCAGGCACUUGGCUUCACACUGAGCUCCCCACGACUUCAACAGGAGGUGCAGUUUGAUGUGCUGCCCGCCUAUGAUGUCCUGGGUCAUGUCAGCACUGACAGGAAACCUGACCCCCAAAUCUACAGAAGGCUCAUCCGUGAGUGCACCUCCCUGAGGAAGGAAGGCUAGUUCUCCACCUGCUUCACCGAGCUCCAGAGAAACUUCCUGAAGGAUCGUCCACCCAAGCUGAAGAGUCUCAUCCGCCUGGUCAAGCACUGGUACCAACUGUGUAAGGAGAAGCCGAGGAAGCCGCCGCCCCCACAGUAUGCCCUGCAGCUGCUCACAGUCUACACCUGGGAACGUGGGAGUGGAGUCACUGAGUUCAACAUAGCCCAGGGAUUCCGGACAGUCUUGGAACUGGUCACCAAGUACAGGCAACUUCGAAUCUACUGGACAAAGUAUUAUGACUUUCAAGACAAAGAAAUCUCCAAUUACAUGCACAGACAGCUCAGAAGAAUCAGGCCUGUGAUCCUGGACCCGGCUGACCCAACAGGGAACGUGGCUGGUUCCAACUCAGAGGGCUGGCGGCAGCUGGCAGAAGAGGCUGCAGCCUGGCUACAAUACCCAUGCUUUAAAAACUGGGAUGGUUCCCUAGUGAAACCCUGGGAUGUGCCGACGGAAGUUCGUGUCCCACAACAACAGGUGAACGAGAACGGGACAUUCAUCUCCUGUGAGCACAGCAGCAUCUGCCCGGAAGGCUCCAGAGUCAGGGGAUGUGCAGGCUUUGACCAGAGAGGGCAGGAUACUGCCCAAGGCCCCAGGGAGGGAAUGUCCAACCUGGGGUCAGACUCCAGGCUUCCGAUCCCUGCCUGCUGA